GUCUGAAAGUAUGUGUAUUUGUGUGCGAGUGCGUGAGUGAGUGAGAGAGAAAGGGAGAGUUCUCUCUAAUCUCUCUCUCUCUCUCUCUCUCUCUCUGGAUUCACGUUAGUCUGCUAACCUGCGCAGCUCUGCCAUGUAUAUGCAGCUCAGAAGAAGAUCAUCAUAGCCUUUCACUUCAUCGUCUCUUUCACUGUUUCUCUCUCUCUCUCUCUCUUUAUUGGACUCCAACAACAACUACUGUUGCGGCUCUCUCUCUCUAGAAGUAGGAGUACUACAGUCUAGUCUUAGUCAUGGCGGAGGGUUUUGAGCCCUACCAUGUCCCACAGCAAAGCAGAAGAGAUAAGCUCAGAGAGGUCGUGCAGGGCGAUCCCGCUGGCGCUGGGUGCGUGGAUAACCUCCAAAGGUGCGCCGGUUUGCUCCCGCUUUACGAUCCCUCGCUCCUUCCCUCCGACCUGCUAACGUGCGCCAAGCCGAGCCCUAACGACCAAGGCCGGGCCUCUCCUUGCAAGGCGGAAGGCGUGAAUUUAAUGGGCUACUUUGGAGGGAUCGUGAAUGCUUCGUCUUCGUCUUCCACUUCGCAGCAGCUGUACAUGGAUCCGCAGUCGUCUAUGCACGUAAACCCUAGCUCGAUUCAGGAUAUGAACGGCAACGCGUUUCUCUUCUCCCCUCAGAAUAUUAGGGGCUUCGAUCAGGCCUUUAAUGGCGGUGGUGACAUCGUGGUGUAUAAGCCGGAAGCACUGCCCCAAGGGUUGUCGUUGUCGCUUUCUUCGCAUAACAGCCACCAAUCCAGUCUCCCUCUGGAGCUGAAUCUGCAACGGUAUGAGUCCUCGAUGUUUAACGACAAGGUCGCUGGCGGCGGCUAUGUCGCGCCGGGCAUUGUUGGUGGCUCAACUUCCAACGAUUUGUCGAGGAGCUCGGUCCCGCUCGGGCCGUUUACGGGCUACGCUUCGAUUUUGAAGGGGUCGAGGUUCUUGAAGCCGGCGCAGCAAUUGUUGGAAGAGCUUUGUGAUGUUGGUCGGGGAUUUUAUGCGGAAAAGAUCUCGGCGGAUUCAAGUUCGAUGGAUCCUCCCAUGGAAAAUCUGGGCGGGAGUGGAAUUGUGGAUGACUCGCUCGGCGGUGGAGACAGCGGCGAGCAUCGGAGAAAAAAGUCGAGGCUGAUUUCGAUGCUUGAUGAGGUCUAUAGGAGGUACAAGUAUUACUACCAACAAAUGCAAGCAGUUGUAGCAUCAUUUGAAUCUGUCGCUGGGCUAAGCAAUGCAGCGCCAUUUGCAAACUUGGCUUUAAAAGCCAUGUCUAAGCACUUCAGAAACUUGAAAAAUGCAAUCACUGACCAGCUGCAGUUCACAAGCAAAGCUCAAAACUACAAGAAGGAUGAAAAUCCAGGUUUUGGAAACCCUGAUAACCUUUAUAGCCAAAGACCAGCUCAAAACUCAAAAUUUCUUGAACAUCAACCUGUCUGGCGACCCCAAAGAGGACUGCCUGAGCGUGCCGUAACUGUGCUUAGGGCAUGGUUGUUUGACCACUUCCUCCACCCUUAUCCUACUGACACAGACAAGCUAAUGCUGGCCAGACAGACUGGACUGUCCCGAAGCCAGGUCUCAAAUUGGUUCAUCAAUGCACGGGUUAGACUUUGGAAGCCGAUGGUGGAAGAAAUGCACAUGCUUGAAACUCAUCAAGCUCAAAAAGCUUCACAAAGGGAGGAGCAAAAUGCUGAUCGGCCAAGUGACCAUUUACCUACUGCAACCUCUCUUGCUUCGGAAAAUCCAUCCACCUCUGCCAAGAGGACUCAAGACCUUCCCUCCAAGCGCACAAGAAAUGAAUUUGCUGACAUAUCAAUGGGGACUGAUGAUCCAGUGAGUUUAUCUUAUGAAAAUUUGUCACGCCAUCAACACGUUGGUGUUGCUGCAAGCACUGCCGGUGGGAGUGGAGGUGUCUCUCUGACACUCGGACUCCAUCAGAAUAAUGGCAUCGGUUUAUCAGAGCCCUUUCCAAUUAAUGCAGCUCGGCGGUUUGGUCUUGAUUCCAACAGUGAGGGUUAUGUAUUGGGUAGCUUUGAAGCCCAGAAUCGGCAAUUUGGAAGAGACAUUAUGGGAAGCCAACUUCUCCACGAUUUUGUUGGAUGAUGACAAUACUUCGUUCUGGCCUUAACUAUUCAAGUGAUAUGCCUAGAGAGGGUCCAAUUAGAUUUGCCUGUAUCGAUCUACUGCCUGGAUCCAAGCAGUAGUAGUGAUUAAAUGCUUUAGACGAGUUCUGGUGGUGCUAUAUAUUUGUCGUAUUUGCAAGGAGGCGAGGCGAUGAUGCGAUUAAUUGAGUGCGAGUAUCAUCCCUUCUAGAUGUGUAUACAAGUGAAGAAAUUGUAAGGAAAACGCAGGUGAGCUUUAGAUCUUGGUAAAUGAUACCUUGGCUUAGAACAUUCUAUUUAUGAAUGAGAAAUGAUUCUGAAGCAUGCCUUCUUCUGUACACUGAUCCUGUGUUGUGUUGUGUUAUUUUUUAUAUUUCCCCC